AUGACAUCCUACCUUCAGAAAGAAAGGAUCCCAGACCAGUGGAAGACCUCGCGAACCGCUCUUAUCCAUAAAAAAAGGACGCUGGAUGAAGCCCAGCCUCAAGAACAAGAUGGAUUCCGCCAGGGGUUCAGCUGCUUGGACCACAUUCAGACCGUGUCGAGGGUCAUAGAGAAAGCCUUUGACAGCGUAGAAACGAAUGCAAUACUGUCAGCGCUGGUUGAUCAAGGUGUGGACGCGUCGUAUGUGAGGACAUUAGCCAAUUGCUACGAACGAUGCACGACUAGGAUACAGCUUUUCCACCGCCCCCUCGCCAUACCCAUUGGAAAGGGGAUACGACAAGGCGAUACUAUAUCGCCGAAGCUGUUCACGGCUGCAUUGCAAUGGAUAAUGAAAUCACUUUCCUGGGAAGAAAGGGGCAUACGUGUUGAUGGAAGAUUUCUCUCGAACCUUCGUUUCGCGGACGACAUCGUUCUCUUUUCGAGCAGUACCAAUGAAGCGGAAGCGAUGCUCAACGAAUUGAACGAAGCAGGGAAGAGAAUAGGACUACGAAUAAACCGAAAGAAGGCACAGCUCAUGAAGAACGAUCACUGCGAGGACGGUGGAGUACAACUUGAAGGCUCCUAA